CCGUCUCUCAUUUGCUUCCAUUGAAAUUCCUCCGAUCACAUCGCUGGACGCUGGGCAUUGGUUAUCAUUACAACACAAUUAAGAGUAAAGACAGAAAAACAAGCAAAAACAGCUGCAACAUAUUAGCAGUUCGAACCAUCAACAGUUGAACCUCUCUGAAAUUCUCCAUUACUCUUUUUUUAGAACAAAAAAAUUGAGAGUGUGGGAGUUGAACCUCCGAAUUCGAGAAAAAAAAAAGAUGUCAAUUAUCGCUAGUUAUUUGGCGAAAUUCUCCAUUACUCUUCUCGUCUUCAAGCACACGGUUCAGCAUUAGGCGCCUGAAAUUCAUGAUGGGAAAAUUUCCAUCCAGCAUUAAAGGAAGCAUGGAUUACUCAAGCUGGUGAAAGUGGGUAUAUAAUAUGCGUUUCUGCUUGUUUUUGUGACAUUUAAUCGAGAUAGUGGCUACGCUUACUGUUUGUACUUGAAGUUACCUUGUUGACUUUUGCUUAAAAAUAUGACCAAGUUGCAGAUUUCACCACUAACCACGAAAAUCUACGCUCUAUUUGGACCCAUAUAUGUGGACUUAACGCUCUCUUCUAUUUUCACACAUUGAUUUUGUUCAAAGCUAAUGGCUUAUUCUUGCAGGUUCUUGUUUCUGAUACUCUUAGCCCUUUUCAUCUCUUCAUCUGCUGCUCAUGCUGAUGAUUCUCUCAUCAAUCUUGUCUCUUUAAGACACAUUUGCAACUUCUCCACAGAUUCUUCUUACUGCUUCUCUGUGCUUCAAAAAUCCUCUGGGAAUAAUGUCUAUGACUCCGGGCGGUUUUCGAUCCGUCGUUCGUUGUCUAAAGCCUCUAGGUUCUUUGACUUGAUUGACCAACAUCUCCAUAACAGUUCAUCUGUCCCAAAAUCAGUCAUUGGAGCUCUCAAAGAUUGUCAGUAUCUUGCCCAACUAAAUAUCAAUUUCUUGUCAAAUUCAUUCAGGGCUGUCAACGGCACUGAUAGAAAGCUAAGUUACUCAAAAGCUGAUUAUAUCCAGAGUCUUCUUAGUGCCAUCUUAACCAACAUUGAUACUUGUCUUGAUGGCCUAAGAACUGUGGCCUCAGGUUCCAGUUUGGAGAAGGAUCUGUUGGCCCCACUCAUUGAUUGUACCAAAUCCUACAGUCUUUCUCUGUCUCUUUUUACCAAGGGUUGGGUGCCCAGGAACAGAAACAGGACAUCUGAGGGGAAGCCCAAUCAUCUCCAGUUUAGAAAAGGACCGCUACCAUUGAGAAUGUCGAGACACGACCGCACGGUUUACAACACGGUGGCAAAUCGAAGAAGGCUUUCGUCUUCAUCAGAUGAUGGAGUUUUGGUUAACGGCAUUGUGGUUGUGAGUCAAGAUGGCAGCGGAAACUUCCUCACCAUAACAGAAGCUGUUGAUGCAGCUCCAAACAACUCUGUUGCUGCCAAUGGCUACUUCUUGAUUUACAUCACGGCUGGUGUUUACCAAGAGUACGUGUCCAUCCCUUCAAAGAAGAAGUACUUGCUGAUGAUUGGCGAUGGUAUAAACCAGACCAUAAUUACGGGCAAUCGGAGCGUUGCGGACGGGUGGACGACUUUCAACAGUGCAACUUUUGCUGUGGCAGGGGAAGGAUUCAUGGGAGUGAACAUAACUUUCCAAAACACGGCGGGAGCGAUAAAAGGGCAAGCGGUUGCCGUAAGGAGCGGGGCCGAUAUGUCGACCUUCUACAGCUGCAGCUUUGAGGGGUACCAGGAUACCUUAUACACACACUCCCUCAGGCAAUUCUUUAGAGAAUGUGACAUCUACGGCACAGUAGACUUCAUAUUUGGGAAUGCAGCCGUUGUGUUCCAAAACUGCUACAUAUAUCCCCGUCUACCACGCGUAGGGCAGUCCAAUAUGAUAACUGCUCAAGGUCGAUCAGACCCGAACCAAAACACCGGGACCUCGAUCCACAACUGCACGAUCCGAGCCACGCCCGAUUUGGCUGCAAGCAACAGGUACAUGAACAAAACAUAUCUGGGAAGGCCAUGGAAGCAAUAUUCAAGAACAGUGUACAUGCAGUCAUUUAUAGAUGGGUUUAUAAAUGGUGCUGGAUGGGAUCCAUGGUCAGGUGAAUAUCUGAACACACUAUAUUAUGGAGAGUAUAAUAACACAGGAGCUGGAUCCAAUACAACAAACAGAGUUGCUUGGCCUGGUUACCAUGUGAUUAAUAAUGCUACUCAUGCUUCUAAUUUUACAGUUUCAAACUUCUUGUUUGGGGAUGUGUGGUUGCCUCAAACUUCUGUGCCUUAUACUGGAGGUUUGCUUUGAUGCCAUAAAAUGGUCAAUUUUUAGUUUCCCCCA